GAGGCAUUAUGCUCUUCGGGACUCUCCCUCUUCCUUCAGAAACGUCAGUCACUUCGUGUUGGAGAGACAUAUUUAUUGCGUGUGUAAAGAAUCGACACCACGUAGUUGACAUCCAACUGUAUAUCAGCGCAUACGUCGCGAUUAACACUAUUAAUUAAGAGUGCUAAUUAUAGACACAAGCUUUAAGAGCGGAUAAAUGGAGAAUAAGAAAGCCACAAAGAAGUUUAACGCCACCAGAGUCGCAGUCGACUCGGACAAUCAAUAUGCAGCCUCCUAUUUAAAAACCGGCCCCACGCGCGGUAUUGUUUACCAAGUGAAGCUCAUAACAUGGAUCGCAUGGAAGCUGAUGUGCCAGAAGGAUGCGAGGAUCAGCAAUUGGUGGUUGGCUACGGAAGUACAGAACGCGCUUGGAUUUCAUGAUCUUGUUUUGAAAUAUGCCAUUAAUGAUAUAAAGGCGGACGGAAGCAUCUCCGAUAAAAAAUAUAUGUAUCGUUUCAUGCAAAUCAAGCACAAGAGAUCCUUGACAAAAAACUCCAAUAUCACUAGUUACCAUUUAUUAUCUCAGCAUAAAUUGCAUCGUCAAGGCAGUUUGAUCUAUCUAUUCAAAGCCUACGUAAAUUUGCUUGAUAGCUUCGAGAAGAUCACGCCCGAUCAAAUCCUGGACCUAACAAUUUUUACAAACAUGAACAUUGAAGCAUUUAAUUUCUUAGUACCAGUAGAAAAUGAUAGACUCUAUGGUUUCGAGGGAAAGGGCAAGAGAUAUCGUAUUGACAUAAAAGCAUUAAAAAAGGUGCCCAGAAUAAUGGUAUGUCUAUACAACAUUAAAGAGGACGAGAAUAUUAUAUCUGGCUUUCUGAGAAAAUUAGUGUUCAUGGUGUAUCAACCUUCCGAGCACGAGUUGGAGGAACUGAUCGUUGCAGAUAUGGGCAAGACUUUUAACACGCCGCAAAUCUUCUACGAUAACUUUUACAGGAAUGUGAUCAACUGGUUUCUUAUUUAUGAUGCUGGCAAAGCACCAUAUCUCACCAAAGACCACAUAAAGGAAUAUCUGAAAAAGACUGAGGCUGUAAUAAAGGAAGUGAGGAAUACCGAAAUAUUUGUCGAUUGUCCAGUUUUGAACUUGUCAAAUGAAUUACAAUUGUUAUCUUUGUAAAGAGAUACAAUUCUCACUUCGUAAAUUUUCAUUUCUUUCGGACAAAAUAAAGUACAGUGCCUUACUUUUUCGAUUUAUUAAAAGAAAGCGCUCAAAAAAAAUUUUUUAUGACUUUUACGUAUUGUAUUGUUUUGCAUGUGAUAUAAUGCAUGUAAUAUAAUAUUUUACAUUUUAUACUAGAAAGAUUAUGUUAUUUAAUAAAAUGAUGUACAGGAUUUAGGUAUAACAUUUACCUAUAAUGUCAAAAUUUAAGUUUUUUUCAAAAUG